CUGUAUCGACCAUCCCGAAGAAGUUAGUCAGGGAAGUUGGGAGGAUAUUCGGUGGUAACAAGUUGUUGUUUAUUAUAACGGGGGAACGGGGGAGAGUUCAGCUGUAGUGUGGGAGAUGGUUUGGUUGAAAGACAGCCUGGUGAGAGUGUUUAUGGUGUUAAUAUGGCUGUAUACGGUGGAUUGGAGUGUGGUCAGUGGUGCUUUUACACAGUCUCUGGACAGCGACUUCACCAUUACGUUACCCGCCGGUCAUAAGGAGUGCUUCUUCCAAACUAUGAGGAAAGAUGCUUCACUGGAGAUUGAAUAUCAGGUUCUGGAUGGUGCGGGCCUAGAUGUGGAUUUUUAUCUGUCCUCUCCCAGUGGUCAUGUGCUGGUUUCUGACUUUCGAAAAUCUGAUGGGGUUCAUACAGUAGAGACAGAGGAUGGAGACUAUAUGUUCUGCUUUGACAACACCUUCAGCACCGUGUCUGAGAAGAUCAUCUUCUUCGAGCUGAUUCUGGACAACAUGGAUGAUGGGGAUCCUGAGGACUGGAAGGAGUAUGUACAGGGAGCUGACCUACUGGACAUGAAGUUAGAGGAUAUUAUGGACACUAUAAACAGUGUGAAAGCUCGCUUAGGGAAGAGUCUUCAGAUCCAGACUGUGCUGAAGGCCUUCGAAGCACGUGACCGCAACCUGCAGGAGAGCAACUAUGAUCGUGUUAACGUCUGGUCAUUCACCAACAUUGUGGUGAUGGUGGUGGUGUCCUGCAUACAGGUUUACCUCCUGCGCAGCCUUUUCGACGACAAGAGAAAAACACGCACGUAACCACCGCUUAACUCUGGGAGACAAAUCUUUUCCAAGACUACCAUCCUCAACUCUUUCUUAUUCUCUCCCGAUGAACACAAUCAUGUCUUUUAGCUGAGCCAAGGACACAUGAGUUUGUUUCCUCUGCAGGUCUAACAGGGAACGUGGAGCCGCUGCUAUACGUGAUGGAGAUCCGGCAAAAAAAAAAAAAACACCAUUAUUUUUUAACUCGCACAAAGAGAUAAUGAACUGAUAUUUUUGUUAUUUCUUAUGACAUAGUUUUAAUAAAGUGUUAACUAUA